AUGGGCGGUUCUGGUGCCGUCCUUCUUCCUAGCUCGAAGAGACUCCUCCUCGCUCUGUCUUCAUCUGGCAGAGACAUUGAUGGAGACAAGCUCUCUGAUGUCUCUGCUUACAAGGGCAUUAAUGCCAUCAUGGGGACCCCCACCGUCGUGGCCUCAUCUCCGCCUCCUAUCUCCCAAAGUGCUGAGUUCCGCCCCAAAGCUUGGGCAGGAAGGAUACAGUCAGACAGAGGAGCACAUCCACUGGACAAGAAGAACAUGAAACCAUCCACGGCAACCCAUCCGGAGAAUGGUCUCUCCCAGAUCCUGAGGCUUGUGCUGCGAGAGCUGAAUCUGUUCUACAGCCGAGACGUGAAUGGAGUGUGUCUCCUGUACGAUCUUCUCCACUCCCCAUGGCUGCAGGCUCUGCUGAAGGUUUAUGAUUGUCUCCUGGAAUUUAAAGAAAAGAAACUUGUUCCUGCCACAACUCAUGCACAGACAUUAUCCUGUGAGGUAGUGGGGAUAUUACGUGAAACUCCUAAAUCCCCUGAGAUCCAAGAGCUGAAACAAAUCCUCCAGGAUCCACACUUUAAGGCCUUGCUCAGUGCCCAUGACACCGUGGCUCAGAAAAAUUUUGAACCUCUUCUUCCCCCAUUGCCAGACAAUAUCCCUGAGAGUGAGGAGGCAAUGAGGAUUGUUUGCAUAGUGAAAAACCAGCAGCCCCUGGGAGCUACCAUCAAGCGCCAUGAGAUGACAGGGGACAUCCUGGUGGCCAGAGUUAUCCACGGCGGGCUGGCUGAGAGGAGUGGGUUGUUAUAUGCCGGAGACAAACUGGUGGAAGUGAAUGGAGUUCCCGUUGAGGGACUGGACCCUGAGCAAGUGAUCCAUAUUCUGGCCAUGUCUCGCGGCACAAUAAUGUUCAAGGUGGUUCCAGUUUCUGCCCCUCCUGUUAAUAGCCAGAAGACGGUGUAUGUUCGCGCCAUGACGGAGUACUGGCCCCAGGAGGAUCCCGCCAUCCCCUGCAUGGACGCAGGGUUGCCUUUCCAGAAGGGGGACAUCCUUCAGAUUGUGGACCAGAACGAUGCCCUUUGGUGGCAGGCCCGGAAAAUCUCAGACCUUGGUACCUGUGCUGGCCUAAUACCUUCUAACCACCUUCUGAAGAGGAAGCAGCGUGAGUUCUGGUGGUCUCAGCCGUACCAGCCCCCCAGCGGUCUCAAACCCACCAUAUAUGAAGAAACAUUUGAAUCCGACAAAGAGGAAUUUGUUGGCUCUGGUCGGAAGUUCUUUAUCGCUGGCUUCCGCCGCAGCAUGCGCCUUUGUCGCCGCAAGUCGCACCUGGGCCAGCUGCGCGCCGGGCUGGGCGGUGCGGGCGGCGACCUCCCCGCGCCCGGCGCCCCCUACGAGGAGGUGGUCCGGUACCAGCGCCGCCCGUCGGAGCAGCACCGCGUCGUCGUGCUGGUCGGACCUUCUGGGGUUGGAGUCAAUGAACUGAGAAGACAACUUAUUGAACUUAAUCCUGAGCAUUUCCAGAGUGCUGUGCCGCAUACCACUCGCUCCAAAAAGAGUUACGAAAUCGAUGGACGUGAGUAUCACUAUGUGUCAAAAGAAGUAUUUGAAAGCCUCGUGUAUAGUCACAGGAUGCUCGAGCAUGGUGAGUACAAAGGCCACCUGUAUGGCACCAGUGUGGAUGCUGUUCAAACAGUCCUUGAUGAGGGGAAGAUCUGUGUCAUGGACUUAGAGCCCCAGGGUAUUCAAUUAGCUCGAACCCAGGAACUGAAGCCCUAUGUCAUAUUUAUAAAGCCAUCUAGCAUGAGCUGUAUGAAGCAAUCUCGGAAAAAUGCCAAGAUCAUUACAGACUACUUUGUGGACAUGAAGUUCAAGGAUGAAGAUCUACAAGAGAUGGAGGAUUUAGCCCAAAAAAUUGAAGCACAGUUUGGCCAAUUUUUUGAUCACGUGAUUGUGAAUGACCACUUGCAAGAUGCAUGUGCCCAGUUGGUGUCUGCCAUUCAGAAGGCUCAGGAGGAGCCUCAGUGGGUACCAGCAACAUGGGUUUCCUCGGAUACUGAGUCUUAAGGAAGACCUCCUGCUUAAUGUUGGAGUUUUAACAAUAUUCAUCUACUACAGAGCUCUGGAGUAACAGCUGCAAUCUGAAACAGUAGUAUUUGCCCCAUUAUAGCAUAUGCAGAUGUAAACGUGGUGCAAUUUAUUAAUUAAUCUUAUUUGAAAAGCAAAAUUGCAUUGUAUACAUAUAGAGUUACCUUCUUGGCUUUCAGGGAAAAAAAUGUUUUCCUUUUCCUCAUAUGUAGCAAUGAUAAGAAUUCAAAUAAUGUUAAGCCACUGAGUAUGAAAACCUUUUAUAGAUUUUGUAUGGUCUUUGUACAAUUCAGAUAAGAGAGUUUCCCUAAAUAAAAUAAGUAGUACUUAAUUCCAGAAACUGUAUUUAACCUCAUGAAAUUUCUGUUUUAUGAAAAUGGCUUUUCCAAAAAGUGCCUACUUGACUG